CAGCCCCCCAAAAUGUGUAAGAGCAAACAGUACUAGACAGCUAGUUCCGGGUUCCCGCCGCCUGCACUCCGCAAGCUGGUGAGCUUCCGUCUUCAGCCACGUUCCUCCCGGGAGCCGCGAGCCACCAGGGUGCGGGGUGGGUGGCCAGGGGGCCCAGCGCGCGCACAGCACACAGCAGUGUCGCUAGCGGGUUGGGUUCGGCACCCUGCGCGGGACGGGGCCUCCAAUUCUGGGCCUGAGCUGCACGCCCCCGCGGCCUUGCUCGCUCCAGGCCUUGCUAGAAGUCUCAUCCAGAAGAACAAGGCCUGUCUGUACUCGGAAAGCAGCCACCAGCUGCUUGGGCAGACGCAGAUGGAGGGCCUGUCCUGGCCAGCCACAUGUAAGUUGUUUCUGAGUUGGAAGGAAAGGAAAGUUUGCGACUGAGAGUUGAAGGCAGAUUGCCAACUACCAGGAAAGGAAGUUGGUUCUGACUUUUUUGUUGAUGAGGUUGUUGCCUGGCUUGGGGGAAAUGCAACUUGCCCUGCAGCUGGACCUCUAAGUGGUCAACAGAGGCCACCGGGAAUGAAAAGGCCUUGAGCUGUGAUCGGGGUUUCCCUACUUGAAGCAUACAUUCUUGGUAGCUGCUGGGAACAGGCUUGUAGUGUUGGAGUAAAACAAAACAAAACAAAAAUCAGCAAACAAAACAAAACAUGAGUGUGGAAGCCAAGUACCGCGCAGCUUCCCUGUAUGUGGGUGACCUCCAUGAAGAUGUCACUGAGGAUGUGUUGUUCAGGAAGUUCAACACAGUGGGACCAGUGUUGUCCAUUCGCAUCUGCAGGGACCUGGUUUCCCAGCGUUCACUGGGCUAUGCCUAUGUCAACUUCCUCCAGCUGGAUGAUGCACAGAAGGCCCUAGACACCAUGAACUUUGACUUGAUCAAAGGCAAAUCCAUCCGUCUCAUGUGGUCUCAACGGGAUGCAUACCUGAGGAAAUCGGGAAUCGGGAAUGUGUUUAUCAAGAAUCUGGAUAAAUCCAUUGAUAAUAAAACCUUAUAUGAAAACUUCUCUCCGUUUGGAAAGAUCCUGUCCUCCAAAGUGAUGAGCGACGAAGAAGGCUCCAAGGGCUAUGGCUUUGUGCACUACCAGGACCAGAGUGCUGCAGACAGGGCCAUUGAGGGGAUGAAUGGGAAGCUGUUGAGGGACUGCACAGUGUUUGUGGCCAGAUUCAAAAGCCGUAAGGAUCGUGAGGCUGAGCUCAGAAGCAAACCGAGCGAAUUCACUAAUGUGUACAUCAAAAACUUUGGGGAUGAUUUGGACGAUGAGGGGCUCAAGGAAGUUUUCAGCAAAUACGGCCAAACUUUGAGCGUCAAGGUGAUGAAAGAUGCCAACGGAAAGUCCAAAGGCUUCGGGUUUGUAAGUUUUUAUAGCCACGAGGCUGCCAGAAAUGCAGUUGAAGAAAUGAAUGGACAGGAUAUAAACGGGCAGACAAUUUUUGUAGGCAGAGCUCAGAAGAAGGUAGAACGUCAGGCUGAGUUAAAGGAGAUGUUUGAACAGAUGAAAAAGGAAAGAAUCCGUGCACGUCAUGCGGCGAAGCUCUACAUUAAGAACCUGGAUGAAACCAUUGAUGAUGAAACACUGUGCAAGGAAUUUUCUUCCUUUGGGUCCAUUUGCCGAGUUAAGGUGAUGCAGGAAGCAGGGCAGAGCAAAGGGUUUGGCUUGAUCUGCUUUUUCUCUCCCGAAGCAGCUGCUAAAGCAAUGGCUGAGAUGAAUGGCCGCAUCCUGGGCUCCAAACCCCUCAACAUUGCACUGGGCCAGAACACUGAAGAACAAUCCUACCUCGCCAAUCUCAGUAGCAGUUAGGAGAUCAAUACUGCUCUCCCCCUGAAGGGUGCUGUAAGGGUAAGCGUCAAAACAUGGUGGCUGCUCAAUUAAUUUUGUAUUCAAAAACAUUUCUUGUGUGUGUAUGAAAAAGCAAAUGUAUGUUAGAAGCUUGGUUUGUUUUGCAGGGUGCAUCCUCAAAUUUUAAAAAAAGUGCAUAUUUUUUUUCUUAUUUUCUAAUAGUCACAACUGUUUAAUUGGUUACAUUUUUAUUAUAUUUUGAACCAAAUGAAGCGAAUACUUUAUUUAUUGCAUGUUUUAUUCUUUUGUUUUCAUAACAUUACGAGCUUUAGUCUCUCCUAUCAAAAAGUGCCCCACACAAAUUUAAUGAUAAUUUAUUUUUACUAAGAGG